UUGUAUUUAGUCACGGAUCUCGUGAUAUUUUCAAGUAUAUGUAUAACAUCUUGCAUAAAUAUAAAGUCACACUUUUCAAAAGAGGUGAAUAUUUUAAAUACCCACUGCUGGCGAAGAGGAAAUGUUAUGAUUUUGUGUCGCUGGUUGCCAGGGAACAUUGAGCUAUGUAGACUUGCCAAACUCACUUGUAUUACAUGCAUACGUAUACAGUUUUCGAAUUCUCCGUGAAAAUCUCUUGAAAACGUGGGAGAUACGUAGUAGCGGGUCACAUGUAUAUUUCAAGCAUUAGCCCCACAACAUGGUAUGGUAUGUUCACUUGGUAUCGAGCUUAUGCCUGCUUGUAGUAUAUGCACCAUGCAUAUUUGAAUAGCAGCCACCACUUGAAUAGCGAUCAUAAUUUUUGAAUUUUUGGCUAACCAAACGUCUCUCCCUUAUUGAUGCUUUUUGCCUCGGGUUCGUCGCAUUCAUCGAUCAGAUUCUUUUCAGAAUGUGGGACAGAACAAACAUGGCGUCGUCGCCGACGUUGACCCUGCCGCUGUUACUACUUUCGCCGCUGUUGCUGCUCGGAUGUAUCUGCAUUUUCGCCGAGGCUGGUACGAAUGAUGGCACGGCGGCAACGAAAGCUCUUCAACAAUCGAUGCUGGAACGUGCGGAGGCUUGGCUGUGGUCUGAGCGAGACCGCGAGGCUGGCUGGGGUAACGAGACCCAACGCGUCCUCUUGGCACUGCGACUGACUCAAUUGUCUCGCGAUGUCGACGAAGCACCCCCGGCAAGUUUGGAUAUGCAACUUAGCGCGAAACGCCUUGAACUCGAAAUUGUACUACAAUUAUGGAGACACCGAGACAUCGGAGGUUCACCUCUGAGACUCGCCCGAUACACGAUUGCUUUGAACGCAAUGUGUAUGGAUCCGCGACAAUUUUACGGUCACGACUUGAUAGGCACUCUGCAGCAUCGCGAGACACCGACUGAUUACGAAUUCACUCUGUCCGCCUUAGCCGCCUGCAACGCGCAAGCUCACGUGCGAAAGCGACAGAUGCGAAGGCUCCUCGAUAUAGCUCACACAGCUCAGGACCACACUAUAGAUACUGUUGCCAUGUGCAUAAUGACGUUAAGAUGCAUCGUUCAGGAUCAUCGACAUCGCAAUCUGCAGCAUUUUGUGCGCAAGCCAUCAUUGAAUUUGGCCCAACGUCAAUUACGUGACGGAAGUUUUGGGGACCUGCGCUCUACGGCUUUGGCUCUACAAGCCCUGGAAGAAGUCGAGAAUGAACCCCUCAAUAAUUGGAAUAAAACAGCGGCUAUAAACUGGCUAUCUAGAAGACAGAGAGACGAUGGUUCUUUUGAAGGUGAUUUAAGAAAUACAGCGGAAGUAGUGGCAGCAUUGGCACCAAGGAAACUAUCAAGUAUCAGAAUGCUUGAUUGUGGUGAAGAAUUGGCUGGCAAUGGUCAAGUCACUAAAAUAAUUGGUAUUAAUGGGGGUGAAACAUCACAGCCUACGAAUAGUCAAUAUGUUCCAAGUUCAACCGGUCUACCAAUCUCGUCACCUCAUCAAUCGACUGUGAUUCCAAGUGUUAGCUCCGACUUUUUCAGCACAGCAAUAAAUAAAGAAGCAACUGUGACAAGCUCUUAUGUCAUAACUCGUCCUCAAAACCCCCUGGUUAAUGUUACAUAUACAUUGUGGGUCGGAAGCGAUGUCAAUGAGAUUCACAAUUUAUCACUCCAGGCGCCAAAAAAUGAAACCUUUUAUGAAGUUAUGGUACUAGCCGCCCAACGAUCGACUGAUUUUACAUUUUCAGCUUAUGAAUGGCCUAAUGGUCAUUACGUACACACUUUAGCAGGUUACAAAGAGGAACCGAUGUCUUACCAUUACUGGCUACUCUACAGAUUGCCUUCGCCACCAGAACCAUCAUCUCCACCAGGAAAUCAACUUGUUGCGCCAGGAGGUGUUGAUGAUUUACAAAUCAGUGACGGAGAACAUUAUCUUUUCUGGUACAAAAAGCUUUAAGUGACUAAAGCCGUGAGAAACAUUAGAAGAAAGGCAGCUAAAUACGGUAUUAAAACGAAAACGAAUAAAUCUAUGUUUGAAAAUAAAAUAAUUAAGUAAAUAUUAGAAAGUGAAAAUAAGUGAGAUGGAAGGAGAAAAUACAUUUGAUGAAAGAUGAUAAAAAAUUAGUCUAUAUAAAAGAAAAAAUUAUUAUGAAUAUUAUUGCUCAAAAAUGUAUCUAAGUGCAACAAUAGAACAAAUGGAUAUUAUUGUAACAAACAUAAUGACAAAGAGGUUUACGCCAUGACACAGAGGUAUUAUAAUGAUAAUAAUUACAAUGUAUCGAAUGAUACUAUUAAAUGUAUAAAAAUUAUAUUAUUCAAUUGUAUCAAGCGAUAAAGCAUAAUGUUUUUUAUGAACUGCAAUACACAACUAUCUUGUGAUUACUAGUACAUAUGUAUAUUGAAUAAAAUAAUAAGUAAUUUAAUAAACACGAAAUAAAAGUUUUUCCAUUGAGACGUGAAUCAGGAAAAUGCUAUCAAUAUAGAAUUAUAGUAAACUUCAUAUAACCAAUUAAAA